GCGGCCGCCCCGGCUCCAAGAUGGCGCAGGCGAUCUUCGAGGCGCUGGAAGGAAUGGAUAAUCAGACGGUCCUGGCUGUGCAGUCCUUGCUGGAUGGUCAAGGAGGUGUAACAGAUCCAUCUGCUCAGAAUGUCAAUGCAGCUGCCCCCAUGCAGCCCAUGGAUGAUGAAGAUGUGUUCCUGUGUGGGAAGUGCAAGAAGCAGUUCAACUCCUUGCCUGCCUUCAUGACCCACAAGAGAGAGCAGUGCCAGGGAAACGCCCCUUCCCUCUCCACGGUCUCACUGGCCACCAACAGUGUGUACACCCCCUCCAUCACGUCGGUGCAGCAGGCUCCGAGCACGAGCCGACAGCAAAUUUCUACAUACAUCACUGUUCCUCCGUCGCCUUUGAUUCAGACCCUGGUUCAGGGGAACAUUUUGGUUAGUGAUGAGGUACUGAUGUCAGCCAUGUCUGCUUUUACAUCCUUGGACCAACCCAUGCCAGCGGUGCAGCCCCCAGUACAGAGCAGCUUGAGUAUGCAUGCCGGGGCCGGUUACCUCUCGCAGCCCCCUCCGCCUCCGCCUCCCCCACCACCGCCUCCUCCACAGCCCCCACCACCUCCUCCACCAAGCCUGGGGGCUCCAGGGCAGCCCAGCACUGGCAGCGGCGUGGUUGAAGUGUACAGUGCUCCUGCACCCAUGGCAGCAAACAGCUCAGUGGAGAUCCAGGCGCUGGGGAUGCAGCCAUACCCAGCCAUGGAGGUACCAAGCCAGUGUGUGGAAAGUCCUGUGUACCCCUCUCCCCCUGUGUACAGCCCUGGGAAGCAGGGGUUCAAGCCCAAGAGUGCCAGCGUUCCCACACCUUUGACCAGUGCAGGAGGAGGCAACGUGGUUGGUUUUGAUUCCACCUCAGCUGUCAAAAGUAGACGUUCCAAAAGUGAGAGUGGGCUGCAGGAAGGGAAACCUAAGUCCCCAAAGCUGAAAUGCACUUACUGUGACAAGGCCUUUACUAAAAACUUCGACCUGCAACAGCACAUCAGAAGUCACACAGGUGAGAAGCCCUUCCAGUGUAUCGUGUGUGGCCGAGCCUUCGCCCAGAAGUCCAAUGUGAAGAAACACAUGCAGACCCAUAAAGUGUGGCCUCCAGGACUGGGAUGCACCAUCUCCCGCAACUCCAUCACGGUGCAGGUCAUGGCCUUGAACCCCAACCAGGUGGAGGAUGAGGAGAACACAGGUUUGACUCAACCCUCUAGGAACCCUGCACAACCUCCCCAGGACAUGAGCCCCAUGGACGAGAGUGACGCGGGCAAACUGGAAGCCAAACAGGUUGUCUUGAUCGACAGCUCUUACCAGUGCCAGUUCUGUCCCAGCAAAUUCAACACCUAUUUCCAGCUCAAAUCGCACAUGACACAGCACAAGAAUGAACAGGUGUACAAGUGUGUGGUGAAAAGCUGCGCUCAGACUUUCCAGAAGUUGGAGUCUUUCCUCGACCACAUCAAGAGCCACCAGGAGGAGCUGAGUUAUCGCUGCCACCUCUGCAGCAAGGACUUCCCCUCCCUGUAUGAGCUGGGCGUCCACCAGUAUUCUCACAGCUUGCUGCCCCAGCACAGCCCCAAGAAGGACGUGGCCGUGUACAAAUGUGUGAAGUGUGUAAAUAAGUACUCCACUCCUGAAGCCCUGGAGCACCAUCUGCAGACAGCAACGCACAACUUCCCCUGCCCUCACUGCCAGAAGGUGUUCCCCUGUGAGAGGUACCUGCGCCGCCACAUCCCCACCCACGGUGGAGGCAGCAAGUUCAAGUGCCAGAUCUGCAAGAAGUUCUUUCGCCGGGAGCACUACCUCAAGCUGCAUGCCCACAUCCAUUCAGGUGAAAAGCCUUUUAAAUGCUCGGUGUGUGAUGCAGCUUUCAAUCGGAAAGACAAACUCAAGAGGCACAUGCUGAUCCACGAACCUUUCAAGAAGUAUAAAUGUCCUUUCUCAAGCCACACAGGCUGCAAUAAAGAGUUCAACAGGCCCGACAAGCUGAAAGCUCACAUACUGUCCCAUUCAGGGAUGAAGAUCCACAAGUGCCAGUACUGUAACAAGUCCUUCAGCCGACGAGCCCACAUGAUAGAGCAUCAGCGCUCGCACACCGGCAACUACAAAUACCGCUGCCCCACCUGCAGCAAGGGCUUCACGCGCCACAAGUACAUGAAGGACCACAAGUGCCGUCUGGGCUCACCCAAGGACAAAGACCUGCAGCUCAGGAAGCCCCAGAAGAAACGGGUGGUGCGGGGACGUAAAGUGGGCCUUUCCCUUCCCAACCAGCUGGCUCUGGGAGAGCUGAAGGACAGUGUUGGUGGGGAAAGCCCCCAGGAAGGUGUCCCUAACAAAGAGCCAUUCCAGGAGUCAGAUGCUGUCCUGUCCAUUGUGGUUGGUGGGUCAGGAGCUGCUGACUCAGACCUUGUCGUUCCUGGGCAGCCCAGCAGUAUCGCAUCCAAUUUGUCCUUGGCAGAACUGCAGGCUGCCUCGGAUGGCCCCUGCACCAUGCUGGCUGUCCCCGUUUACAUCCAGACGACUGAGUGAUCAUGCUUAGAGCCACUGUGUGGCUUGGGGCUGCUGCUGGGAUUGUCAGACUCGGUGCUGAAAUUUAUCCUGGUGAAAAAGACCAAAGCUCUUGUGGGGAGUAGAUGGAUAUGGGAGAAAAUGGCUUUCAUUUCCAUUUGAUCUUCCCAUCCAUGGGCGAAGGACUUCUUGGAAGCCACUGAUGGCUACAAGGCACUGAAGAGAAUGGCUCCGUUUUUUUCUUGUCCCUCUGCAUCACUGGUCAAGAAAGACUAAGAUCCCUGAAUCAGGGUGAGAAGAAGGAGCAUAUAAACUUGCAACAAACAGAGCUGCUGAAAUCAGGUGGCUUUGCAAAUCACAGCCUGUCUCACCUGUGGUUUUUCUGGCCUAAAAGCUGUAUUGCCCAGUAUUUGGGUGCCCUUUCCAAGAGCAAACAAAUGAUCCUUCCUAGUGGAAGCAAGUUCACUGUGAGAUCCUUUGGGAACACUGUUCAGAAAUACUCUGAUAGACUUUUCUGGUAUCUUUCUCUGCUCUUAUCAGUAAAAAGAACACCUUGUCUAUACUA